AUGGCUCUGGCGUUGGAGACUCCGCCCAACCAGCUGACGCCUCAGGUGCGACAAGAGGUGGUCCAGCAAUGUGAGGCGUUCGUGGACUCCAACCUGCCCAUUUCCGAAUCCGAGUCGGCCAAGCUCGGCGAGGAUCUCGUUCAGAUUUACAAAGAUGCCGUCAUGGCCAACCCAGCGGCUGAGGUGCUCUUCUUGCAGUGUAUGAGCCGCCUGGCUCCCUGUCUGGUGGUGGAGGAGCAGGUUCGAACGUGGGUCGAUUUGUACUCCAAGCCCGCCAUUGAUUCUGCCGGCCAAAAGAAUGAUCUCGUGCGGGCUGCCCGUGACCUGCUGGUGGCGUGGAUGGUGCCCAGAGACAGCGUGGAGGGCAAUACGGCGCAGUACCAGGCCAUCUCCCGAAGCACGGCCCUCUUCAUGGUCCAAAUCUACCUGCAUGAGAGCCUGAUUGUGGGUGAGACCAAGGGCAAAGCUGAUGCGAAGGAGGAACGUCUUCGGUUUGUGCGUAUGAAUGCCAAAAACCUCAUCCUCACAUUCGCCGAAGAACGGCCCCAGGAGUUUUGUGUCAUUGCCAACCGGUUCUUUGUACAGCCUGAGUACCGUGUUAGAAUUCUCGUGCUUCUGUCUGCCUUUUUCUCCCAAACCAAGGCCAAAAUUCCGGCGGAUCUGGCCCGCUCACAGCUCGUCAAGCACCUUUUUGCAUGCCUGUUGCACGACAAGUCCUCGCAGGUAGUCACCAUGGCUGCUUCGGCACUCAUCAUGAUGCUGCCUUUUAUCUGCAGUAAGAUCAUGACCGACCUGCCCUACUUAUUUGCAGUCUACGGGCGCAUGGUGUGCUGGAGAGAAGGAGAAAUAACUGACGAAGACGACAACCAAGACGCUUUUGGAGUAGCCAAUGACGAGGAGGAAGAGGAAGAGGAAGAGGUGCACACAGACGACGAGGAUAGCGCUAAAUACAAGGAAAAAGAAGAGACCGAAACCCAGUCUACGCUGGACCCAGAACCUUCUAACGACACAAACACAAAUCCACCAACCAGCGACACAGAUGGUGGCAAAGAAACAGAAAACUCAACUUCUGUGUUUGCCGACUGGCACGCUCUGCCCCGGGACAAUGUUCCGGACGCUCCCAGCCCAGACUGGGAACGAAUGUUCACUUUUCUGUAUGGACUGUUUCCUUCCAAUUUCAUCAUGUUUCUACGGAAACCUACAGAGUACAUUUCACAGACUCUGUCGUCUCCUGACGACUGGGACGAAUAUUUUAUUUCGCAGCGGUCCAAAACUUGCUUUGACCGACACUUGUUGCAUGUUCAACUGCUGACAUCCUCGUCGGAGCAAGAACUCAAGGAUGAGUACCGAUGGGCUGGAAUGACACCUGCAGACAUUGCGUCAUUGUGUUUGUCUCUUCUGACAGCAUCGCCCGCUGAAAGAUCACGCGAAGACAAUCUUUCUGUAUCCUCCGGAACUAAGGACAAGGAGAAGGACAAGGAAAUUGUUACUCGAUCACGAGGUACGUCUUUGAGUGAGUCGAAACGUCAGUUUUCAAUCACUUCAAUCCCUGACCGAGAAUCUACUCCUUCCAGUCAAGUGACAACUUCAACAGAGUCCCAAGUUGCUGCUGGAGAGCUGCUCUCGCCUACGUUGACAUCUACAUCUGCCACUGGUCAGCUUAUGGAUCUUCAGGCCCGUCACCAGUCUCUGUACGGCAGAAAGGCCGACUUUCCUCCUCCAGUAUCCAUUUCCACACUUACUCUUGAUGAUAGCGAUUCUCAGGGUCGAGAAGAGAGUCCUGUUUCUCCACUGACUCGAUACCAGAAACAUUCCAGUCUAGGAGCACCCUCAGCCUCUAUUGAGGGUGUCCUUGAGUCAGGAACUAACUCCAGCCCUGCGAUGAGCCCAACUCAGUUGCCUGUCGGUUCCCCCAUUCUCAGAGGAGACUCUACUUCCGAACAGGCCGAUAUUUUGGCUUAUUAUCAGCGAGAGCUAUUGCUGAUCAAGAACGAGCUUGAUUUUGUCUGUUACUUGGACUACCACAACCAGUUCCGCAUCCGCCAACUCAAGGAACAGCUUCACAGUGCUCUUAGACAAGAUAUUGACGUUCAGAACCUCGUCACAUCCAAUCAAAAGCUCAAGCGUCAGUCUGAGCAGCUCAACUCGCAGUUGGUGAAGAUGAAAGAGCUCGGAAACACGCUAAGAACACAAAAGGUACAGCACGAAGGUACGCUGACAAAACGUAACCGAGAACUGCGUCUUCAGUGUGACGCGCUGACUGAGGAAACUGCCAAAACCAACCUCGAGUUUGAGCACAUGCAGGCUGAGAACCAGAGACUGUAUGCUGCAGCUAUGGCCAAGGAGGCUGCUGUCACACAGCUGGAGCUCAAGGUCGAAUCUCUGGAAAAUGAGAAUCGAUUGAUUAACGAGUAUAGAGACAAGCUGAAAAGCCUCGAGGCCUCCGCCGAAUCUUCAUCCGACAACAUACGGGGCUCCGAGACACAAUCGUCCAACUCAGAUCUUCACAUUGAGCUGGAGAAAACUAAGAUUGACUUAGGAGUCCUGAAACACGAGAAGGAAACAAUGGAGAAACGGUUGCGAGGCGAGAUCGCAGAACUUGAAGAGCAGAUGACAAACAUUGAAAAGCAGACUCAGCCCUCACACAAGGUGCUCGAGAUGCUUGAGACUAUCAAACAGGAGGCUGAAAAUCGGUACCAUCAGCUGUCAGUUAGUCAUCAAGAGCUGUCUCAGCGGUACCAAGAUCUGGACGAACGAUUCCGAACAUACGCCGCGUCUUCAGAGGCCGAGAACCUGUCUCCUGGCGCUGGUGAGCUGUUCAACAACACUAACCAAAAGAGUCUGCUUGGUUACGACGUGGAGUCCAUUGGAGAGUCUUCUGGGAACUCCCACAGAACCACCAAGCAGUCGUCAGCGUCUUUAGCCGGCUCGGACUCGGCUUACUACCGAGGAGUGCCCAUUGGAGGCAACUCGAAGACACCUUCUCCUGCAGUUGAGCACUUGGGCAUGAACUUUGGAGGCCACGGCAGCCACGCAACAUCUGCUACUAACAUCCCCCAACCCCAGCCUCCUUCGCAUUCGCACUCUACAUCUCAGGAUGAGGACUCUUCUCGGCCACGAGCUCGAGGGCGGGGAGGAUGGCAGAAUGCUGCUAGAAAGAGCGAAUCCAAGAAGAUCAACUCUUUCCGGGGUUUCUUAUAA